AUGAACACGACUACCAUUGGCGCAGAACUGCCUCCGAGCGCAGUCGCCUUCAUAGAUACCCUCACGACAUCCUUCCAGAGCAUACCUGGCUCUUCGAUCGUGAUCCGCUACAUCCGUUCCUCCUACCAGAACGACCCCGUGCGAUCAGCAGUGGAGCUGUUUCUCUUCAUCUUCGCAGUGCGGUACCUUCUUGCGCCUACAUACAGCACCAAGAAGACGAAGAAUGUGCCUCUCAGCGAGGAUGAGAUCGAUGAGCUGGUUGAGGACUGGACGCCGGAGCCUUUAGCCAGCGAGGAGAGUGAGUGGGAGAAGCUGCAGAAUGAGAAGCUACCUGUCAUAGUCGGUCCGGCUGCGGCAAAGGCACGUCUACAGAACGGCAAGACUGUCACAAACCUGGCUUCGUACAACCAUUAUGGCUUCGCAAACAACCCCGAGCUGACGACCAAGGCCGUAGCGACGGUUCGCACCUACGGAGUGGGACCAUGUUCACCUCCUGGUUUCUAUGGCACCCAAGAUGUGCACAUGAAGUCAGAGGCAGAUAUCGCGGCGCAUCUUGGCGUGGACGCUGCAAUUAUCUAUGCGCAGUCAUUCUCCACCAUUUCUUCUGUGAUUCCGGCGUUCAGCAAGAGAGGAGACAUCAUCGUGGCAGACAAGGCAGUCAACUUCCCGAUCCGAAAAGGCCUGCAAAUCAGCAGAAGCACGGUGCGGUGGUAUGAGCAUAACGACAUGGAAGAUUUGGAACGUGUGUUGGCAAAAGUGGUCAAGGAGGGCAGCGGCAAGGCAUUGACGAGAAGAUUCAUCGUAACAGAAGGACUGUUCGAGAAUGUCGGUGAUAUGGUCAAUCUACCCAAGAUCAUCGAGCUGAAAGACAAGUACAAGUUUCGCGUCAUUCUGGACGAGACAUGGUCGUAUGGCGUGCUCGGACGAACAGGCAAGGGUGUGACAGAACAGCAGAAUGUGGACCCGCUGAACGUGGACAUGAUCAUUGGUGGUCUGGCUGGUGCAAUGAGCUCCGGAGGCGGCUUCUGCGCGGGCACGACAGAGAUUGUGGAGCACCAGAGACUUUCCGCGUCUGCAUACACUUUCUCGGCAGCACUACCAGCACUUCUUGCGACGACCGCUUCUGAAACCGUCACUUUGCUGCAGGAAGACCCGAACAUCAUCAAGAAUCUGCGCGAGAAUAUCGCGGCGAUGCGAGCACAGCUCGACCCUCGAAGCGACUGGAUACGAUGCAUGAGCGCACCAGAGAACCCGGUAAUGCUUCUGACGCUCAAGGAGCAGCACGUGAAGGAUCGUGUGCUAUCGAGAGCAGAUCAGGAGUUCCUCCUGCAAGACUGCGUCGACGAGUGCCUCGCGAACGGUGUACUAAUCACGAGACUGAAGUCGAUGCCACCCGCGCUUGGCACACAACCUCGAGAGCUGGACAAGGAGUGGCAGCCUUUCCCAGCGCUGAAGGUCUGUGUGACUGGCGCGUUGAGCAGGAAGGAGACGGAGAAGGCUGGUAUUGUGAUACGUCAUGCCAUUACAUCUGUGAUGAAGGGCAAGAAGUGGCAGACUGGACGCAAUGCGUGA